AUGAGGACGUUGCAGGGGAAAAUCGGAGAGAAUGGUGAGACUUCGACUGACAAUGUUGACAAACUCAAGGGUCUCAUAGGUGAACUGUCAGCAAAUGUGAAUCACAAGGAGGCGUGCGCAAAAUUGUCGCAAAAAUUCAAACAGUUCUGGUCACCACUCCACGUCUACCUCAAAGAAGAGAUCAAACGCGUUCACGCAGCUAAUAACGAGAAAACCAAUCCCAAGCCGUCCGGAGAGGAACAGCUCUACACCUCCAAACUCGACGCUGCGAAAACCGCACUAAACAGCCUACUUGAUCACAUCUAUAAGAGCAACCGCUAUAACCACGAAGUGCCCGCCAUGCUUGACAGUCUCUCCACUAAAGUCGAUGGUCUGCACCCCAAGACAUUCAAUGAACCGAGCACUCCCCUGCUUGACGGCGUUGGCAAGGGGCUGCGUGAGUUUGCGGCUGUACUGAGGAAGGCGUACGUGAGUAGGUAUGACGGAGGUGCUACAAUUAAAAGAUGGACACAUAAAGAAACUGGAGAAAUUGAGUUGACGCCCAAUGGCCGAAAUGGCGCUAAGGUCUGCCUGCACGUGCUAUCCAUCUUGCAUACGGAAUUAAACAGAUUGGUGAAGUAUUGUCAGUCAUCUACCAGAAGUGAACAAAUAAAUAAAUCGACCAUUGUUGGCGAAUUCUUCUUCGACCAAGGCUACGAUGUUUCGGACUCUGGCGAGCAGAAUGGUGAAUUGCAAGACCACAAGAGGAUGACAGUGUUCUUCAUCUACAAACGUCUUUUCCGAGAUGAUGACAGACAUAUUUUUAAAGACAUUAAGAGAAAUGGCUCUCUUCAAAAACUUCACGACUGCCUACAAACGUACUACAAGGUUGGCCACGUCGCCACUUUUGCCGCCAAGAGACGCCCGUGUAGCAUCUUCGAAAUGCUGUGCUGGCUGUCUGGUCUGCAGUGCACCGCUGUUUAUGAAGAGCUUUUAAAUGACAGUCUAAGUGACUUGUUCAUAGAUCCAAAGAGUCAGGUCACCGACGGUGAAUUGUCGGCAGCGGUCGGCGUUGAACCCGUGAAGGCAUAUCCACAGGCGAUGGAGUAUGACGGCACACGCGCGGCAAUAGAACAUCUUUGCUCCACGGCAUAUGACCUUUUAGUUUACAUCCUCGGCACCGGAAACGCGCAUACCAUGUACGCUUCUGACUUCUCUAACAACUCACUCGGCUUUCAUUAUCCGACUUCCGGUGAGGAUUGCCUAGGCAUGUUCAUGGACGUCCUCAGUAGGCUAUUGCCACCGCUGCAAUUCAUGUACAGCCGAUGUACGCUCAGCGUUCAGCACGGUGGCUGGCAAGAAUGCGAGUACGGCAAAAACAUAAGGACAACCAAAUGGCCAUGCAAAGAGCAUAUUACCGACGAAGUAGCGUGCCGACCAAAUGACCAACCAAAGUGCCAACCAACGUCCCCCUUAAUGUCGUACCUUAACGAUUGCUUACCUGGUCACUUACCACACCAAUUGAGUUCCAUCGGCUGUAAAUACGAUUGCGCCAGCUGCCCGUCUACUUCGAGAAAAGGCCAGCCCUGCAUAACGCCACUUGGUUUCCGAGGCUUUUCAGGAAGCACGAAGACAGGCAAAGACCUGUGUGCUAUCCUGAGCAAAAUCAUCGAGAAUAAACAUCUCGCAUCGCUAUUCUGCCUUGUUACCAAACCGCCAAAAACGUUGCCAGAACACUUCGGUUUUGCGUUAUCAUUGGUUAAGGGAUGGUCGAAUAUUUCUAAGUUACAGAACAAAAACGUACCUAAUGUCAGUUUCCAAUCAGCGUUUGAAGCAUCCGUUCGCGGCUUAUCUAUUGAUCUAUAUUCAGAACCCUAUGAGUUAACCAAAUCGUUAACAAAAGCGUACGGCUCGCAGUCCGUUUUCCAUGAAGAUUGCAAGCAUCCGCACCUUGUCAAUUUCACUAGCUCAGAUAUAUGUCGUUAUGAUAUUGCGGACGUGACCUGCGCUCCCUAUCUUCAAUCGCUAUGCGCAAAUUCAUAUGAAUACAUGGCCAUCAAACACUGUGACCUGUACCUAUCGUGGGCCAUAUACCUCUCAUGGGAUUUCUGGCGAUUGCUGAACAAUUUGUACAACGACUUCUGCAACAUAUUCUGUGCCGAUUGGGGUUGCCGCGGCUGCUUGAGAGGCGAUACGUGCAAGAAAGGAUCGCAUGGUCUUACUGACGAAAAAAGCGGGAACCCACGUUGCCAGUGUUCAUCAAUAGUGGAUUGUAAAGGCGUGUCACCGACGCUGUACCGAUAUGGAUUCAGUUUCUGUGACGCUGUCAAAUUGAAUGAUGAUAAAUAUAAAAAGAAGUGUUCCGAUUUCUGCAGUCAGUUAAACAAAAUGUUAACUUCACAAUAUUUCAAAGACCUGUUCACCGAGUGUGACAACUUCAUUUGGACCAUCAGACAACCUUUCAUCUGGCUCAACGUCGCACUCUGGUCACUCUCCCUCUUCUACCUCAUCUGCGUAAUGGUUGGCAGACUGGAUGUCCUCCACAUCAAAUCACAUUUACAUAGUCCCUCGAGUCAUCGCAUAGCUGCUCAAUCACUACUCGCCGCCGGACGCGUUAACAAGCUUAACAGGGUGUUUUACCUGCAGCCAUAA